UCGCUGGGACAGCGACUUAUAGAGAAAGAUAGUAUCACAAUGUCUUCAUCUUCAUCAGCUCAAUCAAGUUCGUCCUCUCCGACGACGACCUCUUCUUCUUCCGCCGUAGAGUCUUCCAGUACUACUGCAUCCAGCAGCAGCAGCACAGCCCAGUCAUCCACUUCGACCGCAGCCUCAUCGUCGUCUACCUCGACUACAUCCUCCAAUGCCGCGUCAUCUAGUACGAGCAGUUCGACCACAUCAUCAGGCUCUUCAGCCACAUCAACGACCUCGUCGAGCAGCUCCUCAGCUCAGGUUGAAACGAAAACCAUCACCUACACUUCGACUCAAGCAAAUGGAAGUGUCGUCACCGGCACUGCCGUGAGCACUGGUAUUUCGAAUGACUCAAGCAGCGGAGGUGGUGGAGGGACUAACACAGGCGCCAUUGUUGGCGGUGUAGUCGGGGGUGUCGCUGCAUUGGUCAUCUUGGCCGCUCUCGCGUGGUUCCUCAUCCGCAGGCGACGCAAGUCGCACAGGGCAGAAUUCGAUGACAUGAUGUUUGAUCCAAGUCGAGCACAGAACCACGGCGCAAUCGACCUCGCAGAUAAUUCUGUCAGCCCCUACGUCGCUCCUGGCGUUGCCUCGACCGCUCAGUCACCUGAGAUGACUCAAUAUGCCCGAUCAGCCACAUCAGAUGGCAACUAUGGUUACAACGAUCAAAAUCUACCUACACGAAACCCUUCGAGCGCCACAUCGUCCGCCGGAUUCGCAGGUCGAGGUGCCGGUGGAUAUCCUCAUGGCAUGUCUGGCAGCCCACCGCCUAUGCCAACCAUACCGGCUGGUGCCGAGGCUGCGGGCUACGGCGCAGCCGCAGGCGCAGGCGCAGGUGCUGCGGCCGGAGGAGCCAUGUCGUCCAAGCAACGCGAGGCGUAUCAUGAACAACAACGCCUUCGAGUUGCCAAUCAAGGUGGAUACUCUGGCGGAUACAACCACCAACCCGGAGCACCGAGUAGCUCUGGCGCUAUGGAGGGCGAACCAGGGAGCCCCGGAAGCGGUGGACCUGUCACAGUUCACGAAGAUGGAGGUGCGGCAUCGGAGAUCCCACCCACAUACGACUCCAUCCGACGAUAGAAAGACGGUGACUGUGGACAUUAUUUCGUAUAAUAGGGAUCUGUUUGAUCCAUCUGCCUUACCAAUGGCAGCUCACGCUCUUUGUAUACAUGCAUGUGUGCAGAAAAUCAAUC